AUGGCCAAUAUGGCCUCGCUUAGUAGUUCGAUAUGUGGCGUCACAAGCGAAUCCCUCGACCCACAAAAGAAUUGUUUUAUUUUUUGUUGUGAUGAUGAUAAGAAGCCUGAGAACGAGAAGGAUAAGUAUUUUGUAAGUAGCACCAUAUCAGAGGUUGUGGAUAUGAUAAUGGAUGCAGUUGGGGAAAAGAAAGGCCUGAGAGAAUUAUUCCUGCCAGAAACCUAUGACCGUCUGUUAAAGAGUAUGCGAGUUCCGGAUUGGGUGCUUUUGUACUUUAAAUUGCAGACAAAGCUACCUGAUGAUGCAUGGCAAACUUUAUUAAAUCUAACACACCUUGGAAGAAGUGGUAAUUCAUUGGACAAUGCUGUUCUCUUGACAAAAAAUCAGAUUAAGGCCAUAAAAAAGAUGAUUUUCAACAUCAUAAAAUCGACAUUGAAAAUAACAGAAUUAGAAACAGACUUUCCAUCAUGUGGUGUCGACCUAAAUUCUGUUUUGAUUUGGGCUAUAAGAGAGCAGCGAUUGUAUGGAGCUGACACCCCACAUAUGGAGUUCAAUAUCAAGAUAGAUGGACGACCCCUUGGAGGCAAAGAUCAAAUAGCUGUAGGGAUUGUGCCCAUUGACUUUGCAAAGAAAAGUCCAGAGAGUGCACUUUCGGUCUAUCCAGUUGCAAUUGCUAAUUGCAAAGAAGAAAGGAGCAACAUGAAGCAGUUAAUAGGAAUGCUGAACAAGCAAAAGAACUGGCUUAAACAACAUGGACUAUGUGUGGAUGGGAAAUCAUACAAUUUCAAGUUUACAGUUACCCUUGAUUAUAAAGCUUUACUGCUGUUGAUUCAUAAAAAGGACGAUGAAUCGUUCACUCUAGGAGGCAAAGGAUAUGGUGUGGAAUUUUGUGUCUUUUGUGAUGCUGUCAGGGCCUGUACACAUCAUGGCGAAAUUCCAAAUCAUGCUUGUGUUGAUUGUUUAAGAUCAAAAGCCAAUAUUGCAAGGCCCACAGGUGUUCGUGACGAUCUAACGUUCCUCUUGGAGGAGGAUUUGUCAAACAUCAACCUCUGCUCCCUGCACUGUGAGAUGAGGAACAUGGAGCAGCUUUUAGGUUCCUUGGGACUAUUUUCACACCGUGUUGGUACUCUUGACCAGUUGAAUAACAUCCUUUCUCAAUAUGGGCCUGAGAACACCCGUGGAAGAACGCGAAUUCAAGUAAAGGAGAAACCAGGUCAACAGACUGCAGUGGGAAGGCAUAAUAUAAAGGUUGCUUCAUUUUCAGGAUGUACAGAGAGGCAAUUUCUGGAUAAUGCUGAGAACAUAG